AAAUAUAUUCUGAGUAUUUCAGAAAAUAGCAGCGCUGCUGAACAUCCUGGAGGAAACAGAGUUACAGAGAAUUGAGGAAGAGGAACCUGAAGGGCACCAUGUUGGUUCUUAGAAAGAUAUUCAGAGUGAAUGAAGGAAUAGAGGGGAGAUUCCCCCGUCAAUUGGCAAUGGGUCUGAUGGACCAGCUCUCUGUAUAAAAGACAGGUCAGAUCAGACCUCAGACAUAGAACCAGAGCAUCAGCUAGACUUCUGACACUGAACCAGACCAGAGCAUCAGAGACCAGAACAUCAGAAACCAGAACAUCAGAGACCAGAACAUCAGAGACCACAACAUCAGAGACCAGCACAUCAGAGACCAGAACAUCAGAAAACAUCUCAGACAAUACAAUCUUCAGCAUCUCAACCAUCUCUGAACCAUGAAGACCCUGACUGCUCUACUCCUCCUGGGACUGCUCUGCUCCCUCCAUACGACGUCUGCAGGUGUCAUCGCGUUGGAAAUGGCACCUGAAUGCUGUAUGACAUUCAGCGCGAGGAUCCCUCUUCAACAAGUGGUAUCUCUCAGAGCAACCUCCAGUAGCUGCCCUCGCAAAGCACUGCUUUUCACCACAAAGAAAGGGAAGACAUUUUGUGUUGACCCUUCUGAAGCCUGGGUCCAGAGUCAUGUGACCAAGAUUGAGAGCAGAACCCAAUGAUGUCAUCAACCACCAUCACCCCCUCACACCCCACCCCCUUGUUGGUGCACUAAUAAGGGAAUAGGUUGCCAUUAGUGACGCAGACCUUGUCAUGCAUGUCUAUAUCCUAUCUGAGAUUGGUAUGGAUUAGGUUCAAUGUAAUGUACUAGGUUAUUAUCCUAUCUGAGAUUGGUAUGGAUUAGGUUCAAUGUAAUGUACUGGGUUAUUAUCCUAUCUGAGAUUGGUAUAGAUUAGGUUCAAUGUAAUGUACUAGGUUAAUAUCCUAUCUGAGAUUGGUAUAGAUUAGGUUCAAUGUGAUGUACUAGGUUAAUAUCCUAUCUGAGAUUGGUAUAGAAUAGGUUCAAUGUAAUGUACUAGGUUAAUAUCCUAUCUGAGAUUGGUAUAGAAUAGGUUCAAUGUAAUGUACUGGGUUAAUAUCCUAUCUGAGAUUGGUAUAGAUUAGGUUCAAUGUAAUGUACUAGGUUAAUAUCCUAUCUGAGAUUGGUAUAGAAUAGGUUCAAUGUGAUGUACUAGGUUAAUAUCCUAUCUGAGAUUGGUAUAGAAUAGGUUCAGUGUAAUGUACUAGGUUUCGGAUAUACUAAUUGUUUAUUUUUCUAAAACUGUAAACAUAUUUGACAUGUAACCUAUUUAAUAUUUUAUAAAGCCUUUGAAGAUUUCAAACA